CAUAAAUUAAAAAGCUGCAGAUAUUAUUUUAUUUUAUCUUUUGAAGCAAAAGCCACGAGCUUUCAAGCCCUUGAAGGAUUGUUCUUCCUCCAUUGAUCUGCAAAAAAAAGCUUUCUUUUUUGUGUUCAUCUUCUGAAGUAGGAAUGGCAAAGAGUUACUUCAAGCAAGAGCAUGAUCUUGAGAAGAGGCGGGCUGAGGCUGCUAGGAUUAGGGAGAAAUACCCUGAUAGAAUACCAGUGAUCGUGGAGAAGGCAGAGGGAAGUGAUAUACCAAACAUUGACAAGAAAAAGUACCUUGUCCCAGCCGACUUAACUGUUGGUCAAUUUGUAUAUGUCAUUCGUAAAAGGAUCAAACUGAGUGCAGAAAAAGCAAUAUUCAUGUUUGUUGAAAAUGUCCUCCCACCAACUGGUGCCAUUAUGUCUGCCAUAUACGAAGAGAAGAAGGACGAAGAUGGAUUUCUUUACGUUACUUACUGUGGGGAGAACACGUUCGGGGAUCUGAGUUCUUAGUAGUCUUUGGUAGAUUCACCGGGACAUUCGUUUUAUGUUUUUACUCGUAUUCCACUGCAUUUUAUCUACCAUCACCAUGUCUAUUGUCUUUGUGCUGGUAAUGUGGUUUUAAAGACCUGAUGUACAGUUGCAUGCUGUAUAUAACUUUUUAAAAGAUUUCUGCAGUAUGUUUAAAAA